AUGCCUCAGAAUGCUACACUACCUGCACCUCGCACCGAUCAGCCCUACUUCACGGUGUCGGCUAUCGCGGCUGGGGUCAUCUCUCUACCUGCGGACCUCGUCUUCAGCCCGAAUGACGUGGACCCCAGCACACGAUGGGACGCUCCGGCGUUCUCAUUCAUGCUUCAGCACAGUGCAAGCAAACGCUACACCCUCUUCGACCUCGGCAUUCGCAAAGACUACCAGAAUAUGCCACCAGCUGCGCUUGAGCGCAUCCCUUUCUUCGAGCCUGUGCGAGUUGAACAAGACGUAGCGGGCUAUCUUUCUGCCGGAGGGCUGCAAGCUUCUGACAUCUCGGACGUCAUCAUUUCGCAUGCACAUUGGGAUCACACCGGAGACCCAGGCUGCUUCCCCAACGCUACCUUCGUCGUGCACGAAGGAACGAAGGCUCGAGUCGAACACGGGUACCCCGAAGACGCUCGGUCAACGAUCCCGCAAGGCCUACUUCCUGUCGACCGCACGCGAGUACUCAACAACAAGACCGAGUGGCAUCCACUAGGUCCGUUCCCUCGCGCGUACGACUUGUUCGGCGACGGGAGCGCCUAUAUCAUCGACGCACCCGGCCACGUUGAAGGUCACAUCAAUCUGCUCACGCGCACUUCAGCGGACGGCGGUUGGCUCAUGCUCCUUGGAGAUGCGUGCCACGAUCGCCGUCUACUCACGGGCGAGCUCCAGUUCGACGUAGACACCGAUGAAGGCGGUCACAAGACAACCAAAAUGCAUAUAGACCUGGACGCCGCUCAAGAGCAUCUCGCGCGUGUGAGAGAGCUUAUGAAGAGUUCGCGCGUACGUGUACUGUUGGCACACGAUGCGCCUUGGUGGGAGGAAAAGAAGGGGCUUUGGCCAGAGGCAAUUGCCUCUUUAUGA